AUGUCUUCUGCCGCGUCCUUUUACGACUUCAAGCCGCUCGACACCCUCGUCGCGCCACGCAGAUACCGACGGAUGUUGCGGCACUGGCUAGUCAAAGUUGUUCAUGGUAGUACCGCUUGCAUUUGCAUGCCAGCAGUUCUUUCUAACAUCGUUGUCCCUGCAGAGCGCGGCCAGGAGCUGCCCCUCACCAACUACCGCGGCAAGGUCGUCCUCGUCGUCAACACGGCCUCCAAGUGCGGCUUCACCGGCCAGUACGCCGGCCUCGAAAAGCUUUACCAGUCCCUCGCCGCCAAGCAUCCCGACGACUUUGUCAUCCUCGGCUUUCCCUGCAACCAGUUUGGCUCCCAGGAGCCCGGCAGCAACGACGACAUCCAGACCUUUUGCCAGGUCAACUACGGCGUCACCUUUCCCAUCUUGCAGAAAAUCGACGUCAACGGCGACAAGGCCGCGCCCGUCUACGAGUGGCUCAAGAGCGAGAAGCCCGGCCUGCUCGGCCUCAAGCGCAUCAAGUGGAACUUUGAAAAGUUCCUCGUCGGCCGCGACGGCAAGGUCGUCAACCGCUGGGCCAGCACCACCACCCCGGAGUCGCUCGAGAAGGAGAUUGUCGCCGAGAUUAACAAAAAAGCCGAGUGA